AUGGCCAAAGUCGACUUUGAAGAUCUGUCUGGCACAUCCACUCCUGUCACUGCAAACCCUUUCGAUGGCCUGAUCAAUGGUUGUCAUGGUGACCCCAAAUUGAUUCAAGAACGGUACGCUACGCACCGAAUAAUGAGGAAUGCUCAACAGCGAGAGAAGAUUCUCAGCAAUGACUUCAAAGGCUGGAUCCUCGACGAGCAUCUGGUUAAACUUGAUGGUCUAAGGAAGGAUGUGUCGUACAUAGACCCUCGGCAUUGUCUUGUAUUUUGGGGAAGACCUCCUCAGAAAGUCAAGACGUUGGUAGACGUGAUACAGUCCAAGCUGAAGUAUGCGGCUCCAGACCUCUGGCUUAUGCCUCUUGACAAUCUGCAUAUGACGGUCAUGGAAGUCGCUCACUCCAAGACCGAAGAUGAGAUUACUGGCCUAAUCAACACGCUCAAAGAUCGCUUCAAAGCGAUUGCUGAUCACACGUCAUCGCACAGAGCCAGGCUAAUCAAACCUUUUCUGAGUUACGACUCUGCGGCUCUGGCUCUGAGCUUUGUUCCUGCUGCCGGAGAGUCACCAUCAAAUGGCCGGACCGCUGCUGAUGACCAAUACACCUAUCACCAUUUACGGCGUGAUACUUACGCUACCCUUACACAAUCAGGAAUCCAGGUUGGCUCCAGAUAUGUUGUGCCUUCGGCGCACCUUACUAUUGCCCGAUUCAACUCCCCCAAUGUCUUUGGUGGGGAUCCUUUGGAUGAGCGGGCCACCCUCGAUAUCAAGAAGCGUAAACAUUGGAUCAAUGAGCUCGAGAUGAUCAACAAGUGGCUCGAAGCGGAAUACUGGCCUCAAGAAGGACAAUUGAUCAUGCCUGGAGGGGAAUGGGUAGUGGGUGAGGAGAAGGGCCUCGACUUUCGGAAUGGCACAUUGUGGUAUGGUGGAGGAGCAACCAUUUAUUUGGGCGAAGGUUUCGUCUACGAUGAUGAGACGUGA